AUGGGUGGUGGUGCAGCUGUUGCCAGACCAACUGCUAAUUCUAAAGAAACUCUAAAUGAUACUGGAAGACAAACAGUAACCAGUACACAUAGCCCUGCAGUGAACACUCUUAUGGCUUCAUUACGGUGCUAUAUGCCAAAUGAUAAUAUUCCAGAUGAUGAACAAAAAAGAAAGAUUCAUAUCAUAGACGUAAUUAAUCGUCGACCUACUAAAAUACCCACAUAUAUAGUAUGUGAAGAUCUUAUUGAAUUUGAAAUACAUGAAAACGAUGAAUAUGAUAUAUUUCAAGUAUAUUAUGACGGUAAGGAUUACAAUCGAAUAGUUAAUGGUUAUGAAUUACGUAAUAUAUCAAGUCAUACACCAAAACAUGAUAGACGUAUGUUACUUUCAUUAGAUCUUAAUCAAACUCAAUCUGAACCUGAUAUAUAUUUUUGUGUUAUUCCAUCAUCACACUCUCAAACAGUAUCUAAAACACGUAAAUGUCCACCCGAAUAUUGUGAAUACAAUUACAUUAAAAUAAAAAGACGAGUAGAGAAAAUUUUUUUAACGGAUGAGCAAAAAAAUCAAAAAGUUUAUUUAUAUAAAGGUGAUACAAUUGAAUUGAAAUGGUCAUCACAACAUGGUACUGCUUAUCAUAUUGAAGAAAAAAAAUAUUGUCCUGUAUCUGGUAGUCUGUAUACUGUUGAAGCAACAUCGGAUAGACCAUCAUCAGAAGGAACAUAUAACAAAACUUUUGAUGAAUUUGGUAUGUCAUUUUUAUUUCGUAUAACUGAUACAAAUCAAAUUUAUGAUAUAACUGUCUGUGUUAUUAAUGAUAAAUAUAAAAUAAAAUAUAUAGAAAUAACUGAUAAUAAUAUUCGACCAAAUACUAUUUGGAUUGAACGAAAUGAUUGGAUUGCAUUUGAAUGGUACACCACAUGUGAACAAACUAUUAAACAAAUUGAACCAUUUCCUAUUAGUGAAAAUCAACAGCAGUCGACUCUUUUUUGGCGAUAUGAACCAUCACAUCAUGGUUAUAUGUAUCAUCAAUUUAAAGCAACAGGAAUUUAUUAUUAUAGAGCUGCAAAUGAUCAAAUUGGUACAAUUAUUGUUCAACCAGAGAGAGCUUUUCAUCAUGUACAGAUUUUUAGCGAUCAAAAAGUUCAUAAUAUGAAAACAGAAGGCUUCGUUCAAUUCCAUUGGAAAAUUAGUGAUUCACAGGAAGAACCGAUAUUAAUUACUAUUGAUUCAAAGUCAUCAGUAUUAGCAGAAGCAGCUGAUGGUCGUACUGGAUUAUUUGAUUGUUCUAUGCAUAAAUGUAGCAAAAUAGAGCCAUUCUUUCGUCAUCAUUUUCAUACAUGUGAAACAUUUAUUUUAAAUAUUUCACAUUAUGGUCUUUACAACUUUGUUUAUUCCAACAAUCCUAAUAAUGUUCUUAUAAGUCUUAUUGUUGAAAAUGGCACUCAGACUCAUCAUGUUAAUUAUGACGAAGAGAAUAGAUUCAGGCCACAUGCAAUAAAAAUAAAUCGUUUUGACCAAGUACUAUUUCAUUUAUCAUCAGCAACAAAAGCUAGUAUAAUAUAUCAAACAGAUGAAUAUGGAAAUCGAUCAGAACCUGAACAAAUACUAUUUUAUUCUCAACAAAACAAUAUUAAUUAUAUCAUGAAAGAAUUUUCACAAUUAGGUAUUUAUUAUUUCACAAUGGAUAUCAAAAAUCAUAACAAACAAAAACGUAAACAAUGUUCAACAUAUCCAUUAGCAAUAAUUGUUUUACCUGAAAUUCGUUUUCAUUAUAAAGAAAUACGCAAAGGUAAAUUUGACUCUAAAAUAGUAAUAACAACAAAUACAAAUGAUUUUAUAAUUUGGAAAUUUGAACAAACUAUUAUCCAUGAUGUCAUACGAUUACGUUCAAAUGAAACAUUCAAAGAUUUAAUAUCAUGUCAUGAUAGAGCUAUUGUUGGAAAAAGUCGACGAUGUCUUGCUAUUAACUGUAAAUGUAUUCCACCUGGAGCAUUCUUUUUCUGUAAUCCAGACUUUGAACGUGUUACUGGUUCAUACCUAGAUCGACUUAUAUCAACAAUUAUUAUUGAUCCACCAUUUAGUGAAAACUCUUUUAUUGUAACUAAUAAACAAUUUAUUCCGAAUAUUUUAUAUAUUACAGAGAAUGAUACAGUAUCAUGGAUAUUAAAAGAUAAUCAACCAAAUCAUCGAAUUUAUGUACAAUCAAAUGAAAGUAAUCAUAACGACGAAAAUAUUCCUAUUGAUCGAAAUAUUGCUGAAUAUGUUGAUGGUGUUUAUCAUUUACAUACAUUUAGUAAAUUAGGAGAAUAUAUUAUUAAAUCAAAUUGUUUUCCGGAUCCAGCAAUGGUAGUCGUUUAUUCGAAUAAUGAUAUUAAACGUCAAAGGAGAAAAGCUCAAGAACCUGAAAUAUGCGAAGACAUCUAUCCUGUUAGUCCAGUUAAUACACAAAUACAUUUAGAUUAUCAUAAUCAUCAAAAUACUACCAUUUAUUAUACACUUAAUGGUGCAACACCAACACAACACGAUAGAAAUGUUCAUGUCUACGAUCCGAAUAAAGAUGUACGUUUUCGUGAACCAGGUUUGCAUAUUUUACGCGCUUAUUCAACAGAAGCUCGAAAAUUGUCAAGUUCUAUUACAACAAGCAGUCCAACAUUUGUUGUGGGAAAUAAAGAAUUCCAACCUUCAUGGAAUAGUUGCAAACUGAAACUAUCAGGUUUAGUACAACAUGGAAAGAAAAUAUAUGGAAAAGUUGAUAUUGAACCAACAUGUUUACUUGAUCUUAUUGAUCAUAUUGAAUUAUACAUUAAUGAUAUUGCUCAGAGAACAAUUAAAUCAUCAACAGAGUUUUAUUUUCCAGUAGAUGGUUACUCUGUUGAUGUGAAACAUCAAAUGCAUGUUGUUGCUUAUCCAAAACCUCAUAUCAUUGGUGCUGAACCAAUUUCAUCAGAUAGAGUCCUCUUUGAAAUUAAACGAGAAAUUCAAGAUGAUACAUCAUCAGAUAGUUUAGCAGUAUCAAGUGAAGCAAGUACAAGAUUUUCAAUGAACGCACAUAUUGGUGUUCAUGUUAAAGAAUACACAACAUUAAGCACAAUCGAAAUGAUCCAUCAGAGAAGUGAUAAACAUGAUGAUGAUGAUAAUGAUACGAAUAAUAAGAGCAAGAAGCUGAAAGAACACCAACAACCGUAUAUUUCUACUGGUGCAUCAAUAGCAAAAAUAGAACUUGAAGUUAAUACAAUAAUACCAAAACUACAAGAACGAUCAAAGAAAAUAACAGAAGAAGAAGUAUCUAAUAAUUUUAAAUGUCGAGCACAAAGUCUUCUUGAUAAAUUAACACAAGUUAUUGAAAACCGCUCAAAAGAAUUAAAUUUUACUUCUACACAUCCACAUAUAUCAUAUCCUGGUAUUCGUCACUAUAUAUACAAUCAACUUCUAUCAGAAAGAUCAUCAAUAUCAACUCAUGAACCAUAUGCCAAUGAACGUCUACCUAAAUCAAAACAGCGUUCAUAA